CCGGAAGUGACGCGCGCUGGCUGAAACAUGGCGGCAUUGGCGCUCGACCAGGGGGAAGGACUGGUUCCGAGGGGCCCGCAGGCGCGCAGACUCGCCCCCCGCCGGAGCGUCCCGGCCCGGCCCGGGAGCGGCCCCUUGUAGAGGUUCGAGGAUCCUGCCGAGUGCCAUCCCGGCGCCCGACCGCCCACCGCCCGGCCCGCCGGCCCGCUUCUUCCUGAUGCAGACUGCCGUCCACUAGAGGUUGGACAGACCCCCGAGGUGAUUCAUGGCAGGGGACGUGGAAGGAUUCUGUUCCUCCAUCCAUGACACCAGUGUCUCUGCUGGGUUCAGAGCACUGUAUGAGGAGGGAUUGCUUCUUGAUGUCACUCUGGUUAUUGAAGAUCAUCAGUUCCAGGCCCAUAAAGCACUCUUGGCCACCCAGAGUGAUUACUUCAGAAUUAUGUUUACUGCAGACAUGAGGGAGCGAGAUCAGGACAAAAUUCAUUUAAAAGGUCUCACUGCUACUGGUUUCAGCCACGUCCUUCAAUUUAUGUAUUAUGGAACUAUAGAACUGAGUAUGAAUACUGUUCAUGAGAUCCUUCAGGCUGCCAUGUAUGUUCAACUUAUAGAAGUGGUGAAGUUCUGCUGCUCUUUUCUAUUAGCGAAAAUCUGCUUAGAAAAUUGUGCAGAAAUUAUGAGACUCUUAGAUGAUUUUGGUGUAAACAUCGAGGGAGUCAGGGAGAAGUUGGACGCCUUUCUGCUAGACAACUUUGUGCCACUCAUGUCCAGGCCUGACUUCCUGUCUUACCUGAGCUUUGACAAGCUCAUGUCUUAUUUGGAUAAUGAUCAUCUGAGCAGGUUCCCAGAGAUAGAGCUGUACGAGGCUGUGCAGUCUUGGCUGCGGCAUGAUAGAAGACGCUGGAGACAUACCGAUACCAUCAUUCAGAACAUCAGGUUUUGUUUGAUGACCCCAUCCAGUGUUUUUGAGAAGGUUAAGACAUCCGAAUUUUACAGAUACUCCCGACAGCUGCGCUAUGAAGUUGACCAAGCACUGAAUUACUUUCAGAACGUUCACCAGCAGCCUUUGUUGGACAUGAAAUCCAGCCGCAUCCGCUCUGCCAAACCCCAAACUACAGUAUUCCGAGGAAUGAUCGGACAUAGCAUGGUUAACAGUAAAAUCCUUCUCUUAAAGAAACCAAGAGUCUGGUGGGAACUGGAGGGCCCCCAAGUUCCUCUGCGCCCGGACUGCCUUGCUAUUGUCAAUAACUUCGUGUUCUUGUUGGGCGGGGAAGAACUGGGCCCGGAUGGUGAAUUCCAUGCUUCUUCCAAAGUGUUCAGGUAUGACCCGAGGCAGAACUCUUGGCUCCGGAUGGCAGACAUGUCAGUGCCACGUUCAGAGUUUGCAGUUGGUGUUAUUGGGAAGUUCAUUUACGCCGUAGCUGGCAGAACCAGAGAUGAGACUUUCUAUUCCACCGAGAGAUACGACAUCACCAAUGAUAAAUGGGAAUUCGUGGAUCCUUAUCCAGUUAACAAAUACGGACACGAAGGGACAGUGCUCAAUAACAAGUUGUUUAUCACCGGUGGGAUCACCUCAUCUUCCACCUCCAAACAAGUAUGCGUGUUCGACCCCAGUAAAGAAGGGACCAUAGAGCAGCGGACCAGGAGAACACAAGUGGUUACCAACUGUUGGGAGAAUAAGAGCAAAAUGAAUUACGCAAGAUGUUUUCACAAGAUGAUUUCUUACAACGGCAAGCUUUAUGUCUUCGGUGGUGUCUGUGUGAUCUUGAGGGCCUCUUUUGAGUCUCAGGGAUGCCCUUCCACAGAAGUGUACAACCCAGAGACUGAUCAGUGGACCAUCUUGGCAUCCAUGCCAAUUGGCAGAAGUGGCCAUGGUGUGACUGUGCUGGACAAACAAAUAAUGGUUCUUGGAGGCCUUUGCUACAACGGUCAUUACAGCGAUUCCAUCCUCACUUUUGAUCCGGAAGAAAACAAGUGGAAGGAAGAUGAGUACCCGCGGAUGCCCUGCAAGCUGGAUGGUUUACAAGUGUGCAACCUGCAUUUCCCGGAAUAUAUACUGGACGAGGUCAGACGUUGCAACUAAUGACAUCUUUCUCCCUUUAAAAAAAGCCAAACAAAAAAUUUGUUUGUGACAAAGUAGUUAAUUAAGAAAAACCUCACCAGUUUUACUAUCAAAGCCAUUGGUCUAAUACCGUAAAAAAUUUUUCAUUCUGUGCUAGCAUCCUUUUUUUUUUUUUUCUUUUUAGUGGCCUCAAACUCAUGCAAUAAGUUCAUUCUAAGCGCUAGCUCUUGAAACUACUUCCAGAAGCAGUUGAAUAGAGUGAUCCACUUAUCUGGGAAGUUGAUUUUAUGCUUUAAACAUUUUUUUCAGAUGUCAGCGUAGGAGUCCUGCAUCUUCUAAGAGAAGACCUGAUAAGUGUCACUGGAUGUAAUUUCGGUUCCUCUCUCGAUCUGAAAUCUUUUGGAACGUUUAUUUCAGUGUAUUACAGUCUGUUAGACCUUUUGGUUUUAUGAUUUAAGUUUAAAACUCUUGACCUUUUUGCAUGGCUUUUUGCUGAAAAUGCAAAAAUAUAAAUUUUCUACAAAAUUAACUUUUUUAUAUUCAAAACACUAUUUCUAAGCUGCCUUCUCUUAUCUGCAUUGUGUUAGUGAAAGCAUAUCCAUACUUGCAUACAUCUUAUGAACAUAUAAGGCACAUCUCCUUUUAUGCGUGGUUAGGAUUCUAUAUUUUUAAGCUAGUGCACUUGCACACACGGUUUGCCAUACUUGUUGAAUUUUAGAUGUAACGUCUUUUCAUGUAUUAACAUUUUUAGAAAGUUAAAAUAACUGGAGUCCUCAUUUGGUAUCAAAGUAGCCUAUCUUCACUCCAUACUGAUUCAGUAAUAUUUGAGCUCCGUGUAUUCCUGAAACAUGUAUGGAUUUCUGAAAACUAACAUUUUAUAUUUUCUUUUCAAAAGUAAACGUUAGUGUUCCUUAUCAAUGUAUGUCUUGUUUUUGAAAAUGUUUUUCUUUGCAGUCUGUUUAACGUUACCCUGUUUUUAGUGAGAAUUGGAGUGGUAGACACAGCCCGGGCCCUGCGGCGCGCAAGCACUUUUAAAGAGCAUUUAGGUAAUACCAGACUCCUAAAUAGAGGCCCCUUGAAAGUAAGUGCAACUCCCAUUCUUUACACUCAGUAAGGCUGCUGCAUCUGUUAUUGAAUGGAAAGUAGCAACUCGUGGAAAAUUUGAGCUCAUUUUUGACAUAGAGGUAAGAAACAGAAUUAUAAUCUUACUGGUCAUAUCUACUUGUUUAUUUAGUACAGAAUACUUAAUGGCACUGGGGAUGUAAGCCCUCAGCCUUUGUUUUAUUUACUGAAAGCUACUAGCAUGAAGGAUAGUAACCUCGAAGUUCAGAACAGAUCAAGAAUAACUGUUGAAAAGCAUUUAUAUAGUAAGUGUUUUAGGAUUAGCCGCGCACCUUUCAACUCUUUAAACUCGAAGGAAGAACACGUAGUUGACAAGAUUAAGCAAGAAUAACCAGGGAGUGGAUCAUUCACAUUGAUGCCAUUUUCUCCUGAGUAAAGUCUAUCUGAUACAGACUAGUUCUACACUGGCAAAACUUGCCAGGUCUUAGGAUAUUGGUGCAAUAUUGCAAUGCCUUCUUCUAUGGCUGUUGUAUAAAAUUUCUAGUUUCACCUUUUUUUUUUUUUUUUUUUUUUUUUUUUUUUUGCUGCUGCCACCACUGAACACAAAAUGGAAGAGUGAAGUCAUGGAAAUGUGAAGACUUUUGCUUUUUUUUUUUUUUUUGUAAUUAGAUAACUAUGAAAAAAACACCUGAUUUUAAAACUCCAAAACUGGAGGCGUUUGAGUUUAAGAAACAGUCAGGUAUACAAGUAGUUUUUGAGAAAGAGAAACAGUGGCGUUGGUUUUAGAAAUCAAGUUAAUGAUAUUCUUUUGUAUAUGAGACUUAAAUUUUUAUUAAGUGGUUGUGUCAUUUGCUUUCACUUUCUAAAAAUGGAAUUCAGUAUCUUGUUUCCCAUGGUAAUAUGGGUAAAAGGCUUUUUCUACCUUUUAAAAAUCAUUUUUAACCAUUUUACUUUUGAAAGUUAGGAAUUAGGUUAGCCAUUUAGUUCUUUUUCUAAUACAUUAGUUGGUUUACUGUUUGUGUGUGUGCUGUCUUGCUUUAAAGAAAAUAACGAUAAUGUCUUCAUUAUUUUCCUCAUCGUUGUCUUUUGCUGGAAAAGACCGAGACAGGGUACCCCUAUCAGGCUUUUACACUUCACACACCAGUGGUGGUUCUCUUUAAUUGCUUAGAUAUGACUUCAUAGCCCUAGUUAGGGUAAAAUCUGGGCAGACAGUUGCGUAUUCUUGGUCUUCCAUUCUCAAGACACAAGACCAAGAUCAAAGUUCAUGUUUUAGAAAAUUUGUGAAAUCUUAACUUGAACUAACUCUGGGUUCAGCUUCACAUGUAAGUCAUGUCUGACCUGAUGUUAGCUGUAAUCAGUUUUGAGCUUUAAGAAUAGUUGCUAUUGCUUGGGUUCUGAAUGUAUUGAGAAAACUCAUCCGUUUAUAUGUAGUGCUAAUAUAGGUUAUUUUAAAUCUGUGAUUAACUUACAUUCCCUUUUAAAACUAUGGUUUAAUUGCUGAAAGAGAUUUAUUUUUGUUAUACUAAACUAUGGAAAAUUUUUCCAUAGAAUUUUCUUCAAGUUUAUUUUUUGUGUGCUUCAUUUGGAACCAUUUUUGUUUAUAUACAUUGUAUGUGCUCAAAAUAGUGGUUUUAAAAAGAGUCAGAUUGGAAACCAUACAGUGUAACUGUUGUGAUCCUUUUGUGUUUUCACUUUACAUUUUAAACAGCAGACUUUACAAAAGUAGCCUAUCUUCAUUAAUGGCAUCUUAAUUAGAAAUGUUUGUUCUCUUCCAUAUCUUUGACCUUCUCAGUUUUGAUUUUAGUCUGCUUAAAGAAAAUCCUUGCACUACAGCCAUUUCAUAAAAUUGAAGAUUCUCACAUUGGAGGUUUUAUAUUGGAAGAAAUACUACUGGUUUUUAAAAAAGCAAAACUUAAUAGAACUAUUAGCUUUUCUUGAGACAGCGUUCUCUGUGUCCUCAUUACUCUGCUCUGUGUGCGUGUUACUCUGAUUUGUGAAAUAUUGACUGAGCCCUUCACUUAUCUUUUCUAAAGCAGCACCUUUGGACACCUCAUUCUGGGAAGCCUGCUCGAGUCAUAGUAAAGGACACACACAUUUGUGUGGGGAGAAGUGGUAAAAAUGGAGAGUUUUGUCUUAAUUACAUGAAACUAAGCUUUAAAAUAUUUUAUAACAAAUUAUUUGAGCUGCAUAAUCUAAACAUGUCAAACGUUCAGUGGGACUAUUUUUAUAUAUGUAUAUGUGGUUGUAGGUCAUAACAUUUCAGUUUAUAAUAUAAAUUGAUAUUUCAGUUUAUAAGCUAUCUCUCAGAAAAGACUAGCUCUUUUGAGAAUACAUAAUUUAAAGUUUUAGACUGAAGUAAAACACAACAUAGAUAAUAGUGUAAAUUAGAUAUAACUGAGGGCUAUAUGGCAGUAAAACUGCUAGUGCCAUUUUUCUUUUUUGCCUAUUAUACAUUUUUGAUUUUUUUUUGUACUCUGAACAUUUUUAGGGAUCAUAUGUUCAAUCAGAUUAGAGUUGGUUUGGGAAUAAAUAUCUUCUAAAAAGAGAUUUAUCUUAAAAAUGAAAAUCCUGAAAAAUUAGUUUAUUGAGAGUUUAUAAAGUCAAAUAUUCAGUAGACGUGGACUGGCAUAUAGGAAAGCUCGUGGAAGUCCUAGCCCUUCAGCACCUGUACCCGUGUGCCUCGGGGGUUGUGUGAGCAAUGCUGAGAGAACACCAUCAGCUCGGCUUGUUCCCCUCAAUAUCCUUGGGUUCUCGUUCUACAUCUUUGGGAACAACUGUAUUAAAAACCUUAUUAAUCAGUAUAUCAGUAAGGAUUAGGUGUUUGCUUUCUGAAGGAGAGUUCCAGUGAGGUGGUCGGAGAGGUUAUUUUCUACCUAACUUGUAUAUGCCCUCUACCUCUUGGGCAUACUUUGUCUAUAGAAAAAUAUUUUGACCUUUAGGUACAUUUUGGGCCAGUAGUCAAAUAAUCCUAGGGCCGAUUUAAAAAUCUUAGAAUAAUUUAAGGUUUGCCUUUUAUACCUGUUUUGAAAGCCUUUACAUUUUUGUCAGGUAAUUUUUCCCAAGCCGUGAAUAUAAUCUAUUCAAACAUGUUUAUGCUAUCCAUUCUGUUUUUAAAUUGAAAAAAAAAAUGUUAAAAGUGUUUAUGAAGAAAAGUUUAAAUAAAAUAUUUUUAAUCU